AGGAGGUGGAUGUGUGACACAGACGUUCUCCUCCCUCUGAGGGUUUGGACCUUCCCCUCGGCCCUCCUCCCUCCCACCUCCUCCGCGGCAGUCGGGUCCUCUGGCCGCCCGGAGCUCAUCUCCAAGCGGACCCAGGUCCUUCAGCUCCCGAAUCCCGAGCAUGAGUCCCGGGUUCUGGCGCUGCGCAUGAGAGUUUUUGGAUUUCUUUGUGCUGCGUCCCAGACGUUCUAGUUCCGAAGCAGAACCGCAGGAGGAUCUUUGGACCCGUCGGGAGGAGGAGGGGAGGAGGAGGAGAUCUCUGAGCGCAUGAGGCGCGGGGUCCGCGGACUGAAAGGCAGAGAAGCGCGCGGGGACGUGCACGCGUCCUGCGUGCUCCGGGACAGAGGUUUCUACAUCCUGUGACAUCAUCACACCAUGCCUGAGGGGUCGCGGCGUGGCAGCCACAAAUUGCCGAGUAGCACAGCCGCCAAGCGUCCGUCCUCCGUCUCGUCUCUCAGUGGGAUUGUGGGUAGGAUGAUGUCAUCUGGCGAUCGAGGACCUUCGUCCUCCUCCUGCACCUCAGUCAACACCGUUUGCUCAGACAGCGAGCGUCCCGCCUCCCUGGUUCUGUCCUCCUCCACCUCCUCUGUGUCGCUGCAGGACGCCUCCCACUCUUCAUCUUCAUCUUCUUCAUCCUCCUCUUCCCUCCCUUAUGGUGCUGUACCGACCUACAACGUCUCCUCCUCAUCGUCGUCUUCCUCCACCCCAAAGAGGAACGGUUCCGACAUCAGCCUUGACCUUACUCCCCUUGUCACCCCUCACGGAGCAGGAGUUCCCGGAGGAGGUGGGGCUGGUGUUACCACGGUGACAGGGGAGAGCCAAGCCCCCAAUGGACAUGCAGCCAGUCCUGCUGUGGCAAUGGCGGCGCCCAGCCCCCGGCCGCUCUCGAGGCUGGAGAGAGUGAUCCUGGAGAUCGUGGAGACAGAGCAGGCGUACGUCAGAGACCUGAAGAGCAUCGUGGAGGAUUACCUGGGCUGCAUCAUCGACUGUGGUGCUCUGGGACUCAAACCGGAGCAGGUCAGCUCUCUGUUCUGCAACAUAGAGGACAUCUAUGAGUUCAACAGUGACCUCCUGGAGGACCUGGAGAGGAGGCCCGACGCGGCCGCCAUCGCAGAGUGUUUCGUGGAAAGGAACGAGUCCUUCGACAUCUACACGCUGUACUGCAUGAACUACCCAAACUCAGUGGCGGUACUGAAGGAAUGCAUGAAGAACGAAACCCUGGUCCGCUUCUUCCAGGAGCGGCAGACCACCCUGAAUCACUCUUUACCGCUGGAGACGUACCUGCUGAAGCCGGUUCAGAGAAUCCUCAAAUACCAUCUGCUGCUCCAGGAACUCUCCAAGCACUUCGAUAAGAAUGACCCCGGGUACGAGGUGGUGGAGGACGCCAUCGUUACCAUGACAGCAGUGGCUUGGUACAUCAACGACAUGAAGAGGAAGCAGGAGCACGCCGUGAGGCUGCAGGAGAUCGAGUCCCUGCUGGUGAACUGGACCGGACCGAACCUCAGUGGGUUCGGAGAACUGGUCCUGGAGGGUUCCUUCAAGGUCCAGAGGGUGAAGAAGGAGCGGGCCUUCUUCCUGUUUGACAAGAUGCUGCUGAUCACCAAGAAGAGGCUGGAGCAGUUCGUCUACAGCACGCACAUUUUUUGCUGUCACCUGAUGCUGGUGGAGGCUCUGAAGGACCCGCUGUGCUUCAAGGUGUCGGACCGGACCAUCCCCAAACAGCAGCACGUGGUUCAGGCCAAGAACCAGGAGGAGAAGCGCCUGUGGGUGUACUACCUGAAGAGGCUGAUCGUGGAGAACCACCCAGCCUCCCUCCCUCAGAAGGCGAGGCAGGUCCUGGGAGACAGCUUCUGUCAGACACCUCAGUUCAAUCAAGACCACCUAAAGAACUCGCGGACAUCGCCAAGGCCGGACGACUUCCAUGGCUACCACAGGGGGCGGCGUCAGUCAGAACCUCAAGAGCUGCUGCUCUACACACCUGAGAAGUCCAGGAAGAGCCUCCCGCUGCUGCUGGAAGGAAACCUGCCGUGCAGAAGAACCAGGAGGCAGUCAGCUCCUGCUAAAGACAUCGAGGCAGCGUUCCAGUCCAAUGCUCUGAAGCAGGCUGGCAGCGAGGGCGAGCUGCAUCACACCGACAGUCUGGGCUCUGCAGGAAGCAGCAGCACGCUGGCGUCCUCUGUCAUUGAGGUGGAACCUGAUAAGGAGGAACAGGGGCAGCUGGCCGGCAGCCACCAGGGGGAGGAGAAUGAAGAUGAAGAGGAUUUUAGCCCACUCAGUCCUCCGCCCACUCUUUCCAUCACAGAGGAGAUCCUGGAGUUCAUCAACCAGAGCAGAGCCAGGGAGGGCCUGGCAGCCAUUCCCUGCAGCUCCGCGAAGCCAAGUGAGGAUGAGCCACAGUCAGAUCAGACCAACUUCACCUGUCCGCUACCGCCAGUCGCCUUCUGCACGGAACAAAGACUUGACCCGUCACGCCAGCAGGAAGCAUCGGAGACGGAGACUAAAAACCGGCCCAUGGAAGAUGAGAAAGACACUGCUGAGGUCCAAGACAGUUCAGGUUUAUCUGCUCAGACGGAAACCAGACGAACAGAAGGAGAAGCGCCUGAAGGAGAGGAAGGAGGUGAAAGCCACGGGGACCCACCCACAACCUCAAACCUUCUUCCUUUCUCUGGGGUGGACUCCAAAACACAGAUAAUUUCAUCAAAAGAAGAAGUGAGUGUUGAGGCCUCCACCCCCCAAAGUCUGGAUCUCCUGCAUCCCCCCAUGCAGACAUGCCUCCCACCCAAAAGAGGCUCCAACGCGUCCAAGAAGGACAAGAGGAUCAUUGAAAAGAUCAGAAAUUACUAUGAGACUGCUGCUGAGGCAGAUGAGGAGGACGCGAUGGAAGAAGAGGAGAUGACAGAAGGACUUUCUAGGAGGAGAAACAGUUUCACCCAAAUCCCCUCUGGCUUGGUGAAGGAGUCCGUGUCACGCUUCAGCACAGGUGGACAGCAGGGGGAGCCAGAGAGCAGACCGCUUUACCACUUCUCUCCAGCUUCCCUCCCACCGCACGCAGAAAGUCACGAAGAGCUCGAAAAACCAGCCAUUUCUGAGGAUCCACCGGAAGCGGAAGUCUUUGACGGGACCCAGGAAGAGGAAAUCCAAACCCAAACAGAUCAGAACCAGCCAUCCAGUCCAGACAGAGAAGAGACUGAGAUUCAGGACCAAAGUGGCCUCAACAGAUCUACUGAGAAACGGGAUGAAGGGACGUCGGGGGUUGAAGGAAAGACAAACAUCAAGACAGAAAAGGAAGAAAGUCUGUGUGUUUCUACGCAGAACCACGGCGAAGGACAGAACCAUCUACAGUACCAAGAUUUGACUGAUAAACAUGAAUCCAGUAAAACAGAACCGAACCAAGACCAGACUGAGCCUACUCUAACGGUGUCAUGUCAAAAUAACGACAACCUCAAAGCCCAGUCUUUAGGAACCAAAGCCAGAGAGCCGACUAAUCCCAGCAACAGUCCCGAGGGUCGGAUAAAAGUGGGUCGGUGGUCCCGCCAUUCCAGGAUCGUGACUGCGAACAGAGCCUUGUUUGAAGGCAUGGCGUCAGACGUCACUGGAAUCGGUUUGUUUGAAGUCAACCCGGUGGCAGACCCAGUCCUGAUAGAGAACUCGGAGCGUAUUUUGAACAAGGUCCAGACACUGGCCCGGAUGUACAGCGCCAAGGCCAGCACCAUGAAGGUGCCGCUGCAUCAGAAACGGGGCAGCUCUGUGCAAAACCAGUCCUGGGUCUCAGCAAGGCUGUCUGGACCGCCUCUUCAGAACCAAAACCCAAGACAAACUGAGCCAAUAGACAUGGACCGGUCCGACUCCACACCUGGAGUUUGGACCAUCUCUGAAACCAAAGUGGAUCAUGAGGAGAUCACACCGGAGCCAACAGAUCAAAGCAGGCCUGCAUUGGUGAGGACCCACACGCCGGACCAAAGCCAGCCUGAGGUCCAGGAGAACCCAGAGAUUCAUCAAAAGAUGAAACCACCAGAGAGCCAGACGGACGAUUCACUGUCUGCCCUUGAGCCUCCACCUGCCACUCACUCCACCCGCGCCCAAACAAAUGCAGAUCGCCUCAGUGCCGGGACCAAAGACAGGGUCUGUGGUGUGAGCUGCAGCUCCGCUGAAGACCUCCAGACCUCUACCACCGCUGGAGAACCCCCGUCCUCUUUGAUGAGCCCCCAGUGUCUCACUUCCUCACAGACUGAAUCCACAUUUCAGCUCAGAGACCCACCUGAAGGCCAGGGAUCCAGGUGCUCUACCGGUAACAGAACCUCUCCUGCGGGACUGGAUCACAGAAGCCCAGAGUUCAGGGAUUAUUCUGCAGCUGCAGCUAGGCCUUUGGUUGAUCCUGGGCCUCAGAAAAAUGGAGGGUUGGAGAACGAUGACGGACAGUUGAUUUAUCCAAUCAAAGAGAGCUGGAUUUCUGGAAACAUUUUGACCCAACCAACACACACAGACUGGAGUUCAUCUGCUUCCAUUACGCCACAUCCUCCUGCAAAGGAAGAAGCCAAUGAGAGCUUGAAGGGGGAUUUAGCAGCUGUCCGACAAGACAAAAAGAUACCAGAUUCUGCAGGAAGCAGCAGUGCAGGAGAUCCUUCAGGAGGUCCAGAGACGGAGAAAUCUGUCCAGAAUCUGCAGCCGGCAGAAGACCGCAGUGCUCAGCUGAGACGGGCUGAGAUCCGAGAGCUGCUUCAUCCGCCUUCACCUGUGACCUCUGACCCCUCACAGCCAAAGCCACACUGGCUGAAAGCCACAGAGACCGUUCGGGAUUCUGACGAACCAGAUGAGGCGCCCAGUCCAUGGGCAGCCAUUGGGACGUCAGACUCCAUCCAGCCCCGCCCCCCGUCUGUAGACUGCCUCCCGACAUUCACCAGCCAGAGGCCUACAGACCUGCCCACCACUCUGAGCCGAAGGGCCUCAUCCGACCGCUGGAGCGCCGCCGACUCUGACCACAGGAGGACCCCCGACAGGAGCUCAGGAUCCCCCUUUUCCCCCCAAACAUCAAACCCGUUGGGUCGAUGCUCAGAGACCGCCGCUUCUCCAAACCCUUCGGCCUUCAAGUCCAACCUCCCCCAGCACUCCUCCUCCUCCUCCUCUGUGAGAGCACCUCCCUGCUCCUCACCGUUCAGAGGCCUUUCAGCAUCGUCCCCCACCCCCAGAGCUCUGGUUGGCACCACCUCCAAGGCUCUUUCCUGUUUGUCUCCUCCACCCUCGCCCUCUGUUAGAUCCCCUCCUCCUUCCUACUCGUCCUCUGCGAGGUCUCCAUCCUCCACCUCCUUCCUGUCUCCCACGCCGUCCUCCCCCAUCUCUGCCUUCACCAGAUCUUUAGCUGCCUCCUGCAUCAGCCAGUCCAUCAGCCAGAGCAUGGCUAAGACCGGCUCUUCCCUGCAAGAAGCUCCACCCAUAACUCAGAGCCCCUCCUCCACGCCUCACCUGCGGCGCCGCUCCCCAUCUCCUAGACUCCCUCCAUCCCAGCGUGGAACCAGCACACCGUGGUUCACCCCGUUAGGGAGCAGAGAUGAAGCAGGCUCCUCCCUGCAGCCCCCCUGUCCUCCCCUGUCUCCCUCCCCAUGCCGGCGCUCCCCCUCCCCAUCCAGCAGUCUGGUUUACCCCCAGCGUCUCGGCUCCAGUCCCUCCCCCCGCCCCUCAUUCCUUCACCCGCAAAGCGAUUCCUCAAACAACAACAACAACAACAUGGUUGGUUGCUAUUCGCCAAAGGCGUCUCUGUCCAACGGCGUGUUUGGCGCGGCGGCGGCGGCGUCCCCGACUCACAACCCUCCCCCAUCGCCGUCCUUCAACCGCGUGGCUCGACCGUUUUCUGCGUCAGAGCCGAGCUCUCGGGUCCCGUCUCCGUCGCCGUGUCCCGUUUCCUUUCACCGCCUCUGCUCUCCACCUCCACAACACAACUACUCCUCCCCCCUGGCAAACAAGCCCCCUCACCCCCGCAGCGCCAGAGUUGGGGGUCCAAGUCCUUCAGGUCUCACUUUGGAGCUGCCUGGGACCUGUUCAGCAAGUCCAGCUUUGGGGAAUUCCUGCGUCAGUCCUCGGAUUCUCUCCCCUCCUCCCAUUGGAGUGUCGCUUUGGACAAAUAAUGUCGCGGCGCCACAGCCGAGAAAUCCUCGGAUCGCUUCUCCUUCCUUCUCCUCAGAUGGAUCUUUGUUCCCUCCGUUCUCCUCCAGUCCUUCCCGUUCUGAAUCCUGUCCUCCGGCAGCGCCAGUCCUUCGUAGAUCCUUCUCCUCCACUCUGGCAGACAGACCUUCUAGUCCCGUUCGUAGUCCCUCCGGUGGGCUGCGGCGUUCCUGGGCGGACAGCGGCAGAAGGUCCUACGGCCUAACCGGAAGCAGCAGGGCGCCGUUUGACCAGCAGGAUCCGAGUGAUGGGGCCUCCGUCAGCGGCCUCCCCUCCUGCCUCAGCCCUCGAGCUGGCCUUCAGUCAGCGCCGUCGCCCAGCAGGUUUACCCCCCAGAGGGGCAUCCUUGGUGGGCAGCAUUUCCCCGUCGUUCCUUGGUCUGACGUUCAAGAGCUUUCAAGCAAGCGCAGCGGAACAGAGCAGCUGGAAAGGUCUUCUCCUACGACCACCACUGCUGUUCCCUCAGCCUCCAGCCCCCAAACCCCCGCCUCCCCCGCCCCGUCAGACGGCGAAUGGGGAGACCCAGAACUGGAGGAGGGAAGCUGUCGCAGCCAGCUGAUCUGUGCUUACGUAGCCCGGCCCCCACCGGAGCAUAGCCCACUUUUCUCUUCCUCAGGAAUGACCUCACCUGCACCGGUCCAUCAGACCGGAGGCGUUCAGAGACCGCCCCAGGUCCACAUGACCCCACGUAGCCCCUCCAGCCCCCCCAGGUCCGGGACUCUUCCUACUGUUACCAAACAGGGGAACCAGAGGGCCAGUUAUGCAACCACAGUGAACCUCCAGAUCGCUGGAAGUGGACGGAUAACUUCUUACAGCUCUGCCCAGGUGAGCCUGACCCAGACCCUGCAGGGUGGGGCCGGUUCUGGAGGGCCGGCACCGGGACAGUUCAUAAGGAGGGUCAGCAUCAACGGACUCUUGCCUGGUCCUCAGAGCUAGAACUGAGGGGGGUUCAAGUCCAACAGCUUCAGACCCAAACGGCUGCUGGUUCAGACCUCCAGAAAGCCUGAAGGCUCCUGAGAUGUUUGGGGUCUGCAUUUGGAAACGAAACCUCCCCAAACCCACUGGACUCUCAUCCUGAUGUGCCUUUAAAUCCAUCCAGAUGUUGCAGAGUAAAAACAGAGAAGGCUUCCAAAAUGAAACCCAAACGUCAGAGAGCGUCUGGAUGUGAUCUGUGGAGGACAGAACUCUCAGAAAAGACUGUUUUGCUUUUUAAAAGCUGAAGUUCUUCCUCCUCGUGUAAACAGAGACUCGCUGAAGGUCCAGGAAAAGACCUCUGUAUGCAUGUACACUUCUGCUAGAGAGGUUGUUACGUUGGACGUCAUUGGGCCAGUGUUUACUGGGCUCUCUAUUAAUCCUCUUUUUAUUUUAUUGAUUAUUUAUGAAGUUAGUCUGUUUCUCUUUGGCACUUAGAGUCCGGUUGGUGUUUUUGCACAGCGCCCUGAUGCUUUGAAUGUGUUUAUCUGAAAAAGUCGUCUUUCCAGACGUUUCUGCAGUUUUUCUUCCUGGCUUUGUACUUUGAUGUUCUCCACAAACUCAUCCUCAGAGAGCGGGAAACCGUUUCCAUCUGACAACUGUUUAAAGCUGUUUUCCCUUGGUGUUAAAGACAGAAGUCCUGAAGGAGAAGUUCUGCAGGGUGCUGGUACCAAACUCGAUGGAAGGAGAACCGUUGAUGAAUUCAGUUAGCUCCAUGAAAGAAAUAAAAAUGUGAUGUAAAGUU